AUGGUCGGCCGCCUGCCUGACACCAACCCUCCUUGGGAAUGCUGUCGUGGUGGUUUACCCGCCACCGUGCGGGUAGCCCUAAGUGCAGAUGUAUUCAUCGAGAGAUUACAAGUUGACUUAGACAAGUGGCUAAAAGAUUACUUCAACGACUACCUCAUGUAUUAUGUAGCUGCGGAGGAUGAGGAAUUCUUAAAUUACAAUCGGGAAAAGACAAUAGCCCUUAACAACUUCACAGAUAACGCAAUUAACACGAUUAUCAAACGUAUACACGAUAUAAAAGCGGACGCCGUGCAACUACCCGCGUUCACUAUAUUCGUCACCAACGAUAAGGAAGUCCGAUUAAGGGACGGAGUAUUACGAGGGCUGGAUAGUAUUUACAGACGGGCGAUAGCUACCGGCACUAAGGACAAAUUAUUAGAAGAUAUUAGAAAAGUGGAUACUGUAGUCGGGUUCAGUGAUUUGAAGCUAAUAUACAGAUAUGACGCAAUCCUUAAAUCUGGCCUACCCCCCGUCACCGGUAUUCUGAUAUUAACGGCGGAUGAGUUGACUGCACAUAUGGGACUUCGUUUGGUCAAGACACCAGACACAGCUGAUUUGAGCUUUAGAUUCUUGGAACAAGCAAAGCCAGAAUCUUUAACCGUGGAAGGUCCAGCAAAUAGAAUGAUAUCGAACUUCAAAUAUUUGCUUGAACGACAUAUAAUUGCCAUUAUGAGUAACACCUUGAUGCAUAAUAUAAAUAUGCUUGGGACACUAGACAAAUGCAUUCCGUUACUUCCAACGUUUAAAGAACAAAGUGAACAGAAUCCUUCUGAAGAAGAAAACAGAGAAGAUAAUAUGUUGGUAAACAUAACUAGUUCCUUUGAAGCAGCUUUGGAAAAAAGUAAUAUAUCACGAGAUGAUUCUCCAGCUCCCACAUAUGAAGGGUCGGAUGAACAUCAUCCUGUUAACAGCAGAGAAGAUAAUAUGUUGGUUAAUAUAACCAGUUCCUUUGAAGCCGCUUUAGAAAAAAAUAACGUAUCAAGUGAUCAUUCUCCAUCUCCGAUGUAUGAAGGGUCAGAUGAACAUCACCCUGUUAACAGCAGAGAAGAUAAUAUGUUGGUUAAUAUAACCAGUUCCUUUGAAGCAGCUUUGGAAAAAAGUAACGUAUCACAUGAUAAUUCUCAAGCUACGGUGUAUGAAGGGUCAAUUGAAGAACAUCCUAGCAACAGCAGAGAGGAUAAUAUGUUAGUUAAUAUAACUAGUUCUUUUGAAGCAGCUUUGGAUAGAAGUACAGUCCUUGCGAAAAUCACGUACUAUCUAAAAAGCUUAAAAUAA